AUGACAAAUAGUAAGGAUAAAAAGAAAAGAUCUCCUGAUAGGAAUCACUUUAAGCGUAAAGAAAAGAUAUGUGUGUGGUGCGAUAAGAAUUCACAUGCCAGUUCAGAAUGUGCUACUGCUAUUUGUAAAAACUUGGAUAAGCGGAAAGAAUACUUAAGACUGAAAAAUGCGUGUUACAUAUGUCUUAACAUUGGACAUACUGCAAAAAAGUGUAGAAAGUACCCGAAAUGUGUUGUAUGUAUGAAGAGACAUUUUCCUAUAAUGUGCAGUGAUGUCAAUAAGCCUAAUAUGGAAACAAACACCGCCGGCACGUCACAAUCAGUACCCAACCAGGGUGGUAUUCCUAAUAAAACAGUUUUAUUGCAGACUUUGAAAGCAAAAAUAUGUAACGGAAAUGAGAAUAUUACAGUCAGAGUUCUUUUAGACAGUGGUGCUCAACAAACAUUCGUCACUAAGGAUGUGGCUUAUAAAUUAAAACUAAAGGCAUGUGACAUACAAGAAAUGAGUCAAAACUUGUUUGGUGGAACUAUUACUCAAAAACAAAUGCAUAAAAUUUACAAUUUAACAGUCAAAAAUUUAGAUGGGACAUAUGAAUGUAAAAUGAGAGCAUUUGAAAAGGCGACAAUAUGUAGUAACAUACCUAUGAUAAAAAAGAGAAAUGAUAUUUUGUCUGUUUUAAAAGAAAAAGGUGUUUUUAUUUCAGAUCCUAUAGAUGAUGUUUCUAAAAUAGAUUUAUUAAUUGGUUCUGAUUUUUUAGGUACCUUGUUAACCGGACGAUUAGUGCAGGUGCAGGACUAUCUCUUCGCAACUGAAACGAAACUUGGGUGGACUAUACAAGGCCACGCGUGUGAUAAUGCACAAACCAAAACGGUAACAAGACGCGAGGAGGAAGUAGGGAAUUUUUUUAGGGACACCAUAUGCAUAAACGAAGAGAAUAGAUAUGAAGUUAGAUUACCAUGGAAGGAGACUGGGGAUAUUUUAUCACCUAAUUAUGAGGUGGCUCUAAAACGGCUGAACACGAUGACUGCAAAACUUAGCAAAAUAGGUUUAUUAUCAGAGUAUGACCAAGUUUUUAAUGAGUGGUUAGAAAGCGGUAUAAUAGAAAUUGUAGAGAAUAGCAGUCUUACAACCAAAAUAAGGCCAGUUUUCGAUGCUUCUGCUUCUACUAAGAAAGGUGUCAGCCUCAACUCGUGUCUUGAAAAGGGUUCUAAUCUAAUUGAAGAUAUACCUCGCUUACAGUUUAGAAAAGGUGCGAUAGGUAUAACAUCAGUUAUCAAAAAGGCCUUCUUACAAUUAGCCUUCAUCCUGAAGAUCGAGAGUACUUGA